AUGGGCGGAUCAUUGAGCAAGACCUUUGGCAAAUUCCUCUUUGGCAACAAGGAGAUGCGCAUCUUGAUGCUGGGCCUUGAUGCUGCCGGAAAGACGACUAUCCUCUACAAGCUCAAGCUUAAUCAGUCGGUAACCACCAUCCCCACCGUCGGUUUCAACGUCGAGACGGUCACGUACAAGAACGUCAAGUUCAACGUUUGGGAUGUCGGAGGCCAGGACAAGAUCCGUCCCCUUUGGAGGCACUAUUAUACCGGAACACAGGGCCUUAUCUUCGUGAUCGACUCUGCCGACCGGGAGCGCAUCGAUGAGGCACGACUCGAGCUCGAGCGCAUUCUUGCCGACCGCGAGAUGAGGGACUGCCUGUUGAUGGUGUUUGCCAACAAGCAGGACAUUCAGGGGGCCAUGUCACCGGCGGAGGUCACGGAGAAGCUGGGGCUGUUAAACAUGCGGGAACGCUCGUGGUAUGUCCACCCCAGUGUCGCGACGACCGGUGAGGGGCUCUUUGAGGGCCUGCAGUGGUUGUCGCAAAACGUCAAGGGAACCAAGGCCUAA